CUUAUUCCUGGCCCAAUAAAUCAAACGAGUCGCAGUAGAUCGAUCCAAAGCUCGGAGGAGGGCAGCAGCCAUGGCGAGGGGGCGACAGCGUGAGAUCCCACCUUGCUCAAAGACCUACGGCUUCCCCAUCUUCUGCGCCUCUUGGGUUCCCCUUGACCGCGUCUCGACUUCCGCCGCAGCGUCGGCCGAGGGAGACGCCCCAGCAGAAGGGGAGGAGAAAGAAGGUCAAGGAGGAGAAGGAGGGUCGGCUUCUUUGGCGCAAACUCACGAUCCCAACCGGAUCUUGGUUGCGCUCGGAGGAGGCGGCGGAGACAGCCGGAGCGGGGUUCCCAAUGCCCUCCUCGUCGCCGAGUUCGACUUCGCCUCGCGAUCCCUCUCAGAGACGCCGGUAUGCAGAUUGGGAACUGAUAUGGAUGCGCCUUAUAGGAUGGCCGUGCAUCCUGGAGGAGACGGUGUGGUCUGCUCGUUUACGAAGAGUUGCAGAUGGUUUGAGUGGGAUAUUCCAGAAAAAAAAGAAUCCAAUAAACUAAACUUGAAAACUUCAGCAAAGAAAUUAGUGCAACUAGAAGAUGUUGGACAGCAAUUAGCAUUGGCCUUCAAUUUUGACGGUUCUAUACUUGCUGCCGGUGCCGAGGAUGGACAUCUAAGAGUCUUCAAGUGGCCAAGUAUGGAGAAUAUUCUUGAUCAAAGUGAUGCUCACACGACUGUGAAGGAUCUGGACUUUAGUUCCAAUGGUAAGUUUCUGGUAUCACUGGGCAGUAGUGGUCCGUGCAGAGUUUGGGAUUUGACGUCAUCAACUGUCACCGCCAGUUUGGCAAGAGAAAGUGGGGAAAAUUUUGGUUUCUGUAGGUUUUCUCGGAUUAUGGCCGAUAACCAAGUCUUAUAUGUGACCGCAAUGAAUGGUAAUCAAGCAAAGAUUAUUUCUUGGGAUUCUCUUUCCUGGAAGAGAAUUGGCACAAAGAAUGUUUCCCGCGAGCCUAUUUCAGCAUUUAACGUGUCAAUGGAUGGUAAACACCUAGCCAUUGGGAACCUGGAUGGGGAUGUUACCAUCUUAAGAUCCUCAGACUUGCAGGCACAAUUAACUGUUAAAAAGGCACACCUUGGAGCUGUUACCGCCUUGGCUUUCUCACAAGAUUCAAGGGCAUUGAUCUCUGCAUCUUUCGACUCAAAUGCUCGAGUCACAGUGAUUGAAAGGCAAAAGGGGGAUGGAUUCAACACCUGGGUUUUGCUACUGGUGAUCAUACUGGCUAUUCUCGCCUACUACUUGAGGUUGAAAGAAGUGCUUUAAAGACUUCUACCAUGCUCGGGAACUGUGGGUGUGACUUUGAGUCUUCGUUUAAGCAUUAAAAUGCCCUUAGCAGGGGGACGAAGUGUGCUAUCUAAAAAGUUUUGGAUAAAUUAGUUGAACCGGGUGGUCGGUUCAAUUUAUUUGAAAAAAAAAACAUUUAUUUUUUUUUAUAGAAAGUGCUUUUUAAAAAAUAGCUUCUCAAAUAAACAAUAAAUAUAUUAAAUUUUCGACU